UUUGGAAAUAUUAUUGAUGGAUUUGUUUUUUCUGUACAUUUCUAAGCUUCAAAGUUGACGAUGGCAGACUUGUAUACCAAGUUAACACCUAUUUCUUGUUCAUAAAUCGCGAGCAGUGCUUUUGAGGUUAUGUGUGUAUGACAUUGAUUCAAAAUGUGGACGAUUUGUUUGGGUUUCGCCGUUCACCUGGUUUUCCUCGUUUCCAUAUUUGAUAUUUAUUUUAAGUCGCCCAUAGUGCACGGCAUGUCACCGCAUGCUGCCCCUUUGGAGCCACCUGCCCGGCGGCUUGUGCUUUUUGUAGCAGACGGGUUGCGCGCUGACUCCUUCUUCGGGAAGGCUGACAGCUGCCCGUUUCUGCGGGAGAUCAUAGGCAAGCAUGGCACUUGGGGCGUGUCGCAUACGAGAGUUCCCACUGAGACACGUCCCGGACAUGUAGCGCUCAUUGCUGGGCUUUAUGAAGAUCCAUCGGCGAUCGCCAAGGGCUGGAAAGAAAACCCUGUGCAAUUUGAUUCCGUUUUCAAUCAGAGCCGAGAAACAUGGUCAUGGGGAAGUCCAGAUAUUCUUCCAAUGUUCUCCAAAGGCGCAAGCGGGAAUCAUGUGUGGAUGGAUAUGUAUGAUGCAGAGGAGCAGGACUUCUCUGGAAAACAUAAUACAACUCGUUUGGACUUAUGGGUUUUUGACAGAGUGAAGAAGUUUUUUCAUGAGGCUCAUAAUGACAAAACGUUGCUUCAGAGAUUGCAUCAAGACCGAAUUGUCUUCUUCUUGCAUUUACUAGGCUUAGAUACUGCUGGACACACCCACAAACCAUAUUCCAAGGAAUAUGAGGAGAACCUCAGGGCAGUGGACCAGGGAGUGCGGGAAAUUGUGCAACUGCUGGAGGAAUUCUACAAUUCUGAUAAUCGCACAGCAUUCAUUUUCACUUCAGACCAUGGGAUGACUGACUGGGGAUCUCAUGGCGCAGGAGAUGUGAGUGAGACUACCACACCUUUAGUGGUGUGGGGAGCUGGGAUAGGUGGGCCUCACCCAGCUGUACCUCGACGAACCCCAGCAAGUCCUUCUUCUUGGGGUCUGGGACACUUGGCACGUCGUGAUGUGGCCCAAGCUGAUAUUACACCUCUAAUGGCAUCUCUUCUGGGGAUCUCCAUUCCCGUCAAUAGUGUGGGUGUUCUCCCAAAAGAAUAUUUGGAUGUCCCGGAGCAGAUGUUGGCAGAAUUGGUUUUUGCUAAUGCUCGACAAAUUGCUGCUCAGUACACUCGCAAAAGAGAAAUGACAGAAGCAAACACUGUGGCAUGGUUGUACCAGCCAUUCCCUGCACUGGCUCAAAGUAAAGAGGAAGAAUUGGUGGAUGAGAUUCGUAGCAACAUCUAUGGGGGACGAUACAGGGAGGCAGUGGCACUCAGUGAAGUUUUAAUGAAGACUUGCCUAACUGGAAUAAACUACUAUGAGACUUACUACCAAGCACUGCUGUUGACAUGUGUGACAUUGGCCUUUCUUGGGUGGAUUUGCUGGCUGCUAAGCUCUUUGUUUUCAAGACCAAUGUCCGACAGCAACAAAUUUUAUGGCGUGAAUAAACUGUUAGAAGGAGGCAUUGGCCUAAACAGCAUCUUUCUCUCCCUGGUUGUGGGCACAGUCUACCUUGUGUGGAGUGAGUAAUUUUACAAUUUUUACUGCCUAUAGCAUUAAACCUUUAUUUGAUACAUAUAUUUUGGG